AUGUCAUACGCUUACUUGUUCAAGUACAUUAUUAUUGGUGAUACUGGUGUCGGAAAGAGUUGUUUGUUGUUGCAGUUUACUGACAAAAGAUUUCAACCUGUCCAUGAUCUAACUAUUGGUAAGGAUUUUAACUUUUUUUUGGUUUUAGUGUAAAAUACGGGUGGAAAAGGUUAUAAGAUUAAAAAUAAGCGUUUUCUUUAUUUUAAGAAUAAGAUACUGUUUUUUACACUUAAUAAGGUAAACAUAAACAUAGAAUUUAACUUUAACUUUGAUUUUAAAUUUUUGAACUUUAUUUUUUUUAAUUUCAAAAGAUUGAACUAUAAUAUGUUGUAGGCGUGGAAUUCGGUGCUCGUAUGAUCAAUAUUGAUGGCAAACAGAUCAAGCUUCAAAUCUGGGACACGGCUGGCCAAGAAUCGUUCCGUUCCAUUACUCGAUCUUAUUAUAGAGGAGCUGCUGGUGCUCUGUUGGUUUAUGACAUAACUCGGUAAGGUCUUGAUGUUUUGUCUUGGUUUUUUGAAUUUAGGUAUCUAAAAGAUGAUUGAUAGAUUAAUAUAUUGGCUUUUUAUUAUCGAAUGUACUAGUUUUUCAAAUUUAAAAGUCGUUUUUAACAUAUUAACCUUGCUCCUUUUAGCCGCGACACAUUUAACCAUCUAACCUCGUGGUUAGAGGACGCUCGUCAACACUCAAACUCCAACAUGGUGAUCAUGUUGAUUGGUAACAAAUCCGACUUGGAAGCUCGACGUGAAGUCAAAAAGGAAGAGGGUGAGGCGUUUGCUCGCGAACACGGCAUGGUAUUCAUGGAAGCGUCGGCCAAAACCGCCGCCAACGUCGAAGAGGCUUUCAUCGAGACGGCCAAGGAGAUUUAUCGCAAGAUUCAAGAAGGCGUUUUUGAUAUUAACAAUGAGGUAAGGGGUUGGAGGGUUUUAUGAUUUGUUGUUGGGUAGGCCUUUUGGUAGGAAAGGGCAGUUUAUUCCAGAAGCAUAAGAUUUUAAAAUUAAGGUUCUUACAGUUUAAAAUGACAUUAUAGUUAAUUUUGGAGGAAAACAGUUUCUUUUGAAGGACAAAAAUGACAAACUUGUCAAUAAACUUAUAUUAUUCAUGACAAAAGGUGGAUUUUUAAACAAAAUUUUGAAAAAUCUUGAAAAAUUUUAUAUUAUCCAUGAAAAGAAGACUAAUUUAAACUUAGAAAAGUGUCACAUUUGAAAGGUUUUAGCUGUAGUUUGAAUAAAAUUGAAAUUUUCAGGCCAACGGAAUCAAGCUGGGCCCACAACACUCGCCAAGCUCACCCAACUCACCAAGCGCCGGCUCAUCAUUGGGCGGCAACAGUGGAUGUUGCUAA